UGCAUGCUGCAUUUUCUAAUUACAGAUUCAGCCUCAUCACUUGAGAUCAAAUGAACAAAUUCUGAUCCCCCUACAACGUCUGCGAAUCUCUCAUCAGGACAUGCCUGCUCGGAGAAACACUUUGUACAGAGGAAGCUCUUGGCAAGUUUGGAAAGCAUCUCGAUUCUUCCUCACCGGGGUUUCAAUGCACUGAGGUUCUGUCAGAUUCUCGUGGAACUUGAUUGAAGAGAAGCGUCCACGGCAGUCAUGGUCAACGAAAUAACACCAACUCGUCUUGAGGGAAAACAUACUGCAAUUGUGUUUUGCUGGCUUCUUGGCAAUGGGUGUCUUUUCUCAUGGAACAGUAUGCUUACAAUAGAAGAUUAUUAUAGCUACUUGUUUCCGAACUACCACUCCUCUCGGGUGCUUACUCUCGUAUAUCAACCAUUUGCAAUUACAACACUCGCAAUACUGACAUAUUACGAGGCAACAAUGAAUACUAGAAAACGGAACCUACAGGGAUAUACUCUAUUUUUCAUAAGUUGUCUGGCGGUGUUAAUCUUGGAUUUAGCAACGUCUGGUAAAGGAGGCCUAGGAACAUUCAUCGGUAUAUGCGUAAUUAGUGGAGCAUUUGGGAUUGCAGAUGCCCAUGUGCAAGGUGGAAUGGUCGGAGACCUUUCUUACAUGCACCCCAACUUCAUGCAGUCUUUCUUUGCUGGUUUGGCAGCAUCAGGUUUUCUAACAUCUACUUUGAGGCUAAUUACUAAGGCGGCUUUUGAGAAUUCGAAAGAUGGUCUCAGAAAAGGAGCCAUUUUAUUCUUUACAAUAUCAGCAUUGUUUGAGUUACUUUGUGUUGUUCUCUAUGCGUUUGCCUUUCCUAAGCUACCAAUUGUGAAGUACUACCGUUCAAAAGCAGCAUCAGAGGGUUCCAAGACUGUUUCGGCUGAUCUGGCAGCCGGAGGCAUCCAGGCAUUAACUGAAAAACAAGUUGACGAAUACGGAAACCUUACAGAGAGGAAAGGAAACAAACAACUAUUGAAAGAAAACAUUGAUUAUGCGGUUGAUAUAUUCCUCAUAUAUGUUCUAACACUCUCUAUUUUUCCUGGAUUCUUGUCAGAAGAUACUGGAUGGCAUAGUCUGGGAACAUGGUAUGCCCUAGUUCUGAUUGCAAUGUAUAACGUGUGGGAUCUGAUAGGAAGAUACAUUCCACUAGUGAAAGUGCUCAAGUUGGAGUCCAGGAAGUUGCUGAUGAUGGCAAGUGUAGGUCGUUUCUUACUGGUGCCAGCGUUUUAUUUUACCGCAAAAUAUGGUGACCAGGGCUGGAUGAUAAUGCUAACAUCUGUGUUGGGGCUAACCAAUGGCUAUCUCACUGUUUGUGUCAUGACUUCGGCACCAAAAGGUUACAAGGGGCCAGAACAAAAUGCGUUAGGGAACUUGUUGGUAUUGUGUCUUAUAGGAGGUAUAUUUUCAGGGGUUGUACUUGACUGGUUAUGGUUGAUAGGUAAAGGUUGGUGACUUCACAGCCGAGCCAACUAUACUGUAGUCUGAUUUGAUUUCUUGAGUUCUACGUGAUCAAGUUUUGUUACUGUUAA